AUGUCUAACACUUCUGCGACCAGUCAAGAACUGGACUUCUGGGAGUUCGUGAACUGCUCUCGAUGUCAUCUGCCUUUCGCGACGGACUCUGGGACGCCUCCAGUACCUUUCUGGCUCACGGAAUGCGGGCAUGUCUUAUGCAAUAACCAUCUCAAUGCCGACCAAAGUUGCGCGCAAUGCGGAUCUCAAGGAAUUCAACUAAUACCUCUGCAACGAGAGAUGGAUGCUCCAAUGUCAGACUGGUUUCAGUCUGUCACGGUGUCGCUGGACGCGGUAGCGUAUGCUACUCGGUUCCAGAUGGAGACUCUGGCAAGGUUGGUACGGCAUUACAAGGAUAAAUACGCUCGGCAACGCGGUCUGCUGGAGCGUCUCAAGGAAGAAUACAAGAACAUAAAGAGUACCGUUAACGAACUGCGGCUAGAAAAUCAACAGUUACGACAAUACGCGGACUAUGAUCCAGGCGUCCCUUCCGAGGUUCCCAACAUGAAUAGAAAGCGGCAAAUGGUGGCCAGACACCAACAUCUCAGUGGAGCGCGCACGAACUCGAGUCCGCGUACUGUCAUGACGCCAGUCGGACCUAGCAGACUCACGCUACCUCCCGACCAUCAACAGCCAGCCUUCCCUUCACAUGGAGGAUCGCACAGCGAUGACAUACUUCAGGAGCAGUCUUUUCGGAGUCAUGCCCAAGACGCGCUCCCACCUGAUACCAAUCGACCGGGCUCGCGUCGAUUCGCACAACAGUACGCAUAUAUGCCGCCUCCAACCCCUCAAGCGCACGCAACUCAAGCGCGGACGCUCACGUAUGCCCAAGCGGCCCCUACAAGACAAGCUGCAGCGCGCCAUGUCCCGAAUCAGGCGCCCGUUGCCAUGUUGCGACCACCCGCGAAGCCCGGGGCAUCGAAUGCCCAGCACGAUCAAGUUCAGAUGCCGCCGCCGCCUGCACCUCAAUUGCGUUCAGAUACCCUGCAACAACGCGGCUCCUUCCGGCCACCCAUGACACCGCAACAGCAAGUGGGCGCAUCGAGCAACUCGCGUCGCUUCAUACCUGGAACGGGAUCAGGUGGUGGGUCUGACCGCUUCGGCGUGCAAGAUGACUCGCAAACUCGGCGAUUUUUGCCUUCUUCUAUACAACCUGUCAAUAGUGAACGCUUCCAAGGUGCUACCCCUGCUCGCUCUGCUACUGCUCUCCAGCGCGCUUCUGGUGUUCUGUCUCGAUCUGCUUCGAUGGCUCUGUCCGGCGCUCAACAAAUGCACUUCAAAGCAUGA